AAAAAUGCAGGCCUCCGUUGGGGUGGGAUGUAAACACAUCAGCUGUACUCACUGUUGAUCCAAAGGGUGGAAAGGCUGGAGUAUCGGAGUUUUGCUGGGAUAUCGGAGGAAUGCAAGAGGCAAAAUCGUCUCCAGUGUGAGUGGGCCUGAGGAUAAGACAUCCUGAAGGAUGACCACUAAUGGAGAAGAUGGGUGUGAGGUGGAGCUUUUAGAUCUGCGGUCACAAGUGGAGACCCUGAAAGAAGAACUAAAAAUGUGUAAAAAUGAACUUCAAAAGCUACAGAAACAACUUAGUCAAAGUGAACGUCUACAGAAAACUGCAGAGAGCUACAAUGAAGACUUAAGACAGCAGGUUGACAGACUCAGUAAAGAGAUUCAUGAACGAAAAAGAAAGGAGAAAGAUAAAACUGACGCAGAGACUCAAACUGAUGAGUACACAUGGACAGAAACAGAUUAUUAUAAUUACUACUAUGGCAGCUAUGAUCAGACUGGCACAGAGACCACAGGAACGGAGGAAGCUCCUGUUGCCACGGAGACCCAGGAGACCUCCAGUUCCACUGAACCAUAUUCCAUGGCAGAAACAACAACAGUCAGCACAGAACAGCAAGAGGAAAAUAACAGCGCACCCCAAGCAGAGAGUGGGAGUGGAGAUGGUUCUUCUAUUGCAGAUAUGCUGAGAGCUACAGCAGAAGCGGCUUUGAAUCAAACAGGCUUUGUGUUUGAUGAGAACUCUGGCUUGUAUUAUGACCACACCAGUGGCUUCUACUAUGACUCAAGCAGUCAGUUAUAUUACGAUGCCAAUACUGGUAUGUACUACUACUACGACACAGAGAGCGGAAAAUACCAGUUUCACUCCAGAGUGGAAUUACCUGCUGCACAGCCAGCCACAGAACCAAGUGAAGAAACGAAGAACCAGAACCGCAAAAGCAAAAAAUGGAGCAAAAAGAACUCGGGGAAGGGAUCACGUCAGGAUGUUGGGGACCAUGGAGAGAAGCUUUUGGAGGAGGAACACCUGGAGUUUGAUGGUAGGUGGGUGGAACAUCGCAGAGGGAGGAGAAACGGACUGUCAUCACAAAACGAAAAACGGAGGUCUAGCAGUCCAGAGCGGCCGUCUCGCUCGGAGAGGUCCAGAAAGAAGCGACGAAGCCGCAGCGCAGAGCCUUCGGCGAAAAUGAAAAAGAGCAAAAGGAAAAGAGGGAGCAGGUCGCGCUCUGACGACAGAAGCCGAAGGAAGAGAAAGGAAAAACGGGAGAGAGAAAGGUCAAAACUGGGCUCUCGUCGGGGAAGACGAAGAAAGACGCGCUCUGACGAUGCGAUCAGCGCCAGUGAGCCUGAGGAGGGUGAGAUCACAGACUCGGAGGGAGGAAGAGAAUCAUCACCAUCGUCAUCGUCGUCGUCAUCAUCAUCGUCAGCAGCAGCAGCAGCAGCACCUCCCAUCUCUCCUUCCCCUCACAGCCCAGAGUCUGAGAUGGAGACGCAAACACAGGAAGUAGCUGAAGAGGCCUGGCCGCCCUGUGUGAGAGUCACUGUGAUUCGUUCUCCUGUGUUACAGACAGGAACUCUGUUCAUCCUCACUGCAGAUUCCACAGCCACUAUUGGACGAGAGAAGGACAUGAACCAUGCCAUUAGAAUCCCUGAAGUAGGAGUCAGUAAGUCCCAUGCAGAGGUAUACUUUGACCAGGAGCAGCAGUGUUACAUGCUGGUGGACCAGGGCAGCCAGAACGGCACAGUAAUCAACGGCACCCGUAUUCUACAGCCCAAGUCGCGGUGUGACCCUUGCCCUUUGUCCCAUGGGGAUGAGGUGAAAAUGGGUGAGACGGUGUUGUCCUUCCACAUCCACACAGGAAAUGACACGUGUGAUGGCUGUGAACCCGGGCAGGUCAUCGCUCACCUGAGCAAACACAGGAGAGAAGACGGUACAGGUACUAUUUUGAGCAGAGAGGAUAAAGAGACCCAACGCCUGAGAGAGCUCAAACAAAUGAAGGUCAAAUAUGGCCUUAAAAACAGUGAAUAUGAGGAGAACACCACCCUGAAGAACUCCAAGUAUAAAGAUCGAGCAGAGACGAGGCGGCAGGUGAUGGGAAGUGAAGGAAACUUCCAGAGAGAUGAUGCCCCUGCCUCUGUACAUGUUGAGAUCAACGAAGCCAAUAAAGGACGGAAGAUGCUGGAAAAAAUGGGUUGGAAGAAGGGGGAGGGACUUGGAAAAGAUGGAGCAGGAAUGAAAGAUCCGAUCCAGGUGCAGAUUCAUAAGGCCCAGUCAGGACUAGGAUCCAGUGCAACCGUGUCAGUGGAAGAUGGGAGUUUGACCAGAACCAGAACUCAGAAAAACUGGGAGAAAGCCAGAGAGAGGUUUGCAGACACAUAUGAAACCGCCGCUCACACAGACAAGGGCAGGUCACCCAAACACUGGAUCAAAGGUCAAGACCCAGAAUGACCCAACGAGCAACUCAGCGGAAAUAAGGACUGGUUGUUCCAUCAACCAUUCUUUCUUCCUUUAAUUAAAAACAACAACAACAACAAAAAAACACCAAUUAUCAUUUUAAAAGAAUGAUGGUGAUUUUUCUGUAGGGGGGAUAAUGUUUCACAUCAGUUGAAGUAUGGAAUGUGUUGUUUCUGUUCUCUGUAAAACAGUCAUGUAUUCCAGUGAACCAGUACGUAAAACAACUGCUUUAAGUUUUAGACACUCAUUUUUUUUUCUCCUGUGAGUCAUUCUAUAGAAUUUUAUGACAUCUUCAACAUU